AUAUUCUGAACGUCAGAUUAAAAUGUCAGCUGAUUUCUAAAUUGUGUUUUUUCAGUUUUCAGGCCAGUGCAGAAUAGUAAUACAAUUUACACAAAAAAUAAUCAUAAUUGAAUUCUUUAACCAUGGCGCAAAACGAGCCAACAAAUUCCAAUGACGAUGAAUCCUUAAAGAGUGUGUUUGAUAGUGCAAUGAAAUUGUUCGAUAAAGUGGAAACCGGUAGCGAAGCCACCAACAGUGUUGCGGUGCAGAUGACUGUAAAAACAGCAAUAGCCAACUUUGAGAAAGCAACCAACUUAGUAUCCAUGUCAGGCAUGUUUAGUAAAAAUGAAGCCCUAGAGGAAUUACCAACCGAGACUCUUCAAUAUCUUCUAUUGCCUGCAUUAUUAGGAUCUCUUACAUUAAAACUUUGCAAUCAGCCUAGAAAAGAUAUAAUUAAUGUGGCUGAAAUUUACUUCAAGGACUUUAUACAGCGAUGCAAAGAUUAUGGAGUUACAGAUGUUGAAAUUCCACAAACUGCUAGUGAUGAUAGUAUUGCUACUAGAUCUCAAACAGAACAGGCUAAAAUAGCUACCAUGGUGGUUUCACGUGAGGCGAAAAUAAAGAGAUACAAAGAGUUGAAGGAGCUCAAAGACAAAUUAAGCACCUUAUCAAAAUCCAUGGAAUCUCCGAAUGUAGAUGAUCAUACAAAGAGAGAAUAUUUCACAACCCUCUUAUUGAAUUAUGUGAACCAAGCCUUGGAUGAACUUAACAGUAUUGAACAGGAAAAGCCAAUUUUGGAGUAUAUGUCUAAACAUGCAGGAGAAAUAAAACCAAAACAACGCGAGCGUGCCCCGCCCCUAAAGCCAGUUAUAAUAACACGUGAUGCGAUUCAAAAGGCCGUAUAUGGGGCCGGAUACCCUUCAUUGCAUACUUAUACCAUUGAGGAAUUCUAUGACAAGCGAGUCCGGGAGGGAACGUUUCCAGCCGCGUCAAAUAUUCCACACACAACAAUUCAAAAUACAGAAACAGAUGGAGAUGACGCCGAGCAAAUAAAAAAGGAGGAAUUAGCAGAAGAUGACGAUCCCGAAGAGUUAGCGCGCCAACGUAGUAUGGACGAAUACAAGGACGACCACAGACGUGGAUGGGGCAACAGACAUAACAGGAGCUAGCCGAAUAGAAAUGAUAUUCUCUUAAAAAUAAAACUCGCAUUGACGUUGACAGCUGACAGUUGACUGAUUUUUAUCUUACAGAUUUGUGAAUAAAAUCUUGUAUGAUCAAUUUAAGUCUUAUUACAAGUCUCGGUAAAAAAUGAAUUCAUUUAAGAAGUUAAAAUGUCAAAUUGACAAAUUACAGUACAUGUGACAGGUUGCCAAGAGUGCUCUUCGGGUUGCUUGGUCUGAUCCCUGUAUAGUUAAAAGUUAAUUACUAAAUAUGAAUUAGAAGGAAUUAUUGUCUAAUUAGUUAAAUAAAUGCUGUAUGAUCAAAUAUCAGAUAUUUGAAGUUACAUUUGCCACUAAGGACUUCCUAAUGACACAUUUCCUGUUUUUAUCUUGUUUACAGCAUAACUAACGCAAGAAUUUAUAUAUUUAAAAUAAUUUGCAUUGUAUUUUAAUUAAAAAGUAUAGAAAAAAUACUAGGGCUGUGUCACGUGAAUAAAAUAUUUUGCUUUGUUUAUUAGAUUAAAGCUGCCUCUAGUGGCUAUGGUAAAAAGCUAUCGGUGUGGUCACUCAUGAAAUGUAUUUUGCGAUCUUAUAAAGAAUUUAAACAAAAA